AUGGCUUCCGUUCCUCUCAGUUCUUUGGAUCUAUCAUUGGAAUACGGUUCCGAUCUAGAGCUGUCUUUGCUAAAGCUUUGGCGGGUUACCAACAAUGGAUUCGUGUAUUCGAAAUACUCUUCGACAGAACGCUUAAACAACAGAUCAUGGCGAUUGUUGAAUAAAAAAGCUCUAUUAGAUGCUAAGCAAAAGAGAGAGACCGCUUUAUAUGCUCACACGUUGGAGUCGAUGAUUUCUGAUCUUUCAAAAGAAAAUUUAAUAGACUCAGAGCCGAAAAUGUCCCAGUUUCUAUCCAAUAGGGUAGAACCUGAUUCACACAGUACUUUGUUCUCUCAUAGUUCAAGGUUGAGCCUAAAUUCCAAAUCUAACCCGAGUAUAGAAGAUGACUCAUCAUCAGAUGACAUUUCAGAUAUAUCUGAAGAAGAUGAUUACAUUUCUUCGAGCGAUGAGCAUGACAUGGAUGAUAACUCUAAUCCUCCUAACGAGGAUGAAGAUAGCUAUUUUCCUCGUAGGCUAGAUGAGGCCAAUAUAUCUAAGACGAGGACAACUUUCGUAAAGGGAUUUUCUCCGUCUUCUCCUUCAAAGUCUAACAGAAACGAGUCAUCGGAAGUGCAUCCAAUAUCAAAAACUACAACUAAUCAAUCUGGUAAAAGUAUAUUUUAUAUUGAGAAUUCACCUUCUCCGCCUCAAAACGUACCUCUGGAUGGGAAUAGCGAUGAGGUUAACCAUUGUGUUGAAUAUCCUAAUUCUGAGAUAACCGAUAAGAUUGUACCACCGUCUCACAUAAAGAGACAAGAUUCUUUAUUUAGUAAUUUUCAAUUACAUUCAAGCAUAACUGAAAAAGAGCAAUCUGACUGCUCUUCCACAGAUAUUUCAGAGGAUGAACUGGAGGAAGAUCUUUCGGAAGACGGGGAAGAUAAACCAAAAGAUUCUUUCCCAGAUCGAAUAAAAUCGAUAGAGAAUGGAAAGGGUCGCAAGAAAUCGACGGAUGGCGGAAGUGAUUGCAAGAGAUCUGUAGAAAGUGGGAGAGCUCCUGAUGAUGAUAGUGAGUGGCUUUCAGUCUCUUCAGAAGAAGAAGAAAGUCGUAGUACAGUAUUUCACCCUUUAAAAUUUGACAAAAGAUCAUAUCUGAUGACAACUGAACCUCGUGAUAUUGAACGUGCACCACUAGAUAAAUCAGCUCAGGACUCUUUAGUCAGACCAAGAUCACUUUUGUCUAGUAUGUUUUUAAAUCAAAUGCAUGGAAAUACUGAAAAUCAUCAAACACCUCACCCACAUGUUUCAAAGCCUAUUUUAAAGAGAUCAUCAACUACAGGUAUUGUCACAAUCGACCAAAGUCGAAAAAAUGGUUCAAAUCAUCAAAAAUGGCCCUCUAUAUUAUUUUCAAAAAAAUAUGCAUCCUUAACAGAUUUGUCUAAAAAUUAUCCGCAUUACCAAAAUAUGCUCGUAAAAACAAAUAUCUUGAACGAUUGUGUUAGUGAUCAAGACGAAGAUGAUAGCUUGUUAGGGAAACAAAAAUCUAUAGUUGGGAUCUCUGAUUUCAAUGUUACUACUAAAUCUUUGAACAGCGGAAGUAGUAGAACCGAAGUUCACAAGAGUGGGAGCAUUGCCUCUCAUGAAAACAGAGAUACUUUAUCUUCAAGUUUGAACAAAUACUCGAGUUCUGUCUCGAAUCAUUCAUUUAAGAAUCUUCUUUCCAAAAGUUCUUUGAAUUUGGCAAAUUUAUUCAGCAAUAACAAUAAAGUAAAAAGCGCACGUCUGUUAGAUAUCCAUGGGAGAUGUCCUCAAGGAAGUCAAGAAGAGGUCCCAAAUGAUAUCCAUCUGAAGUCGUCAGAAGAUCUCGACUCCUCUACUAAUUUGAGUACGCGCCGUUCUGAAAAAUCUCCGAAGUUAUCAUCUUCAUCUUCAUCUUCUACUGGGACUGCUUCUGCUCCAAUUGCAACUGAAACACAUUCAAAACCCUUGAAGCUAUCACCAAAGUCAACAAGAAGGAAUAUGUUGGCUACCGAGUUGAGUAAGUCUUUAAAAGAGUCCAUUAUAAUUGACUACAAACUUGGUAAGAUUCCGUUACCUACCAGAGUUGUUCAUAGGAGAACCACAGGAGAUUCUCAGCCAGAAGAAAUUGAUGAAGUGGAUGACUACCAUUCAAAAGGAUGGUGA